UGUUGCUAGGUGCUAAAAUCAUGUAUUCUUCAUGUCUGCUAGAGUUCAUAUAGGAGAAACCUUUCCAGCACUGAAUUUUAGUAUGGGAGAUGAUUGAUAAAAAGUUACUUUGAUUUAUGAUCAUUUCUUACUUGGUUAAUGUAUGCAGCCUUGCCUGCAUUCACCUGAGAGACGUCGAAAAUGGAGAAAGGAACGGCCAUGGGGCUUCAGGGAUCAAUUGAAUCAAGUUUUAGUCCCUCGUCAUCAAAUAAUCUAUCAAGAAGUAGGGAACAACAGAGAUUGAUUGAGUUAUUUGAAUCUUUGGGAACUCGGAACAUUGAGGACGGAUCAGCUACGAAAGUCACUACUGCUACAAGGAAAGAGCCUAUGAAUAAGUGGUUGACACUGGAAGGAGAAGCUUCCAACAAUUCUAAGGUCAUAAGGUUCGAUGAUGACUCCUUCGAAAUCUUGAAUGGGGGUAGCACUGCAGGGGAAGAUUCAAAUGGACAGUCCUCGAUCAAAGCUAAUAUAGACAGUAUAGUUGAACGGACAGCAGAAUGGGGUAUUGCAGUGAAGUCGGAUGCUGGAGAAGGAAGUUUCAGAGUGAUUCGUAGAGGAAUGGAAACCGGAGAAGGAAGUCGGAACAGAACCUCAUUAGACAAAUUUGCAGUGGACUCAACAAGGACAUCGGAGGAAACAAGUUAUGGAUCAGAUCGAGGAGCCUUUCCAAGGGUGUCACAAGAGCUGAAGGAUGCUUUAGAAACUCUGCAACAAACUUUUGUUGUAUCUGAUGCCACUAAACCUGAUUGCCCUAUAAUGUACGCCAGCAGCGGAUUUUUUGCAAUGACGGGUUAUUCAUCGAAGGAGACCAUAGGAAGAAACUGCCGGUUUCUACAAGGACCAGAAACAGACAGGAAAGAGGUUGCCAAGAUUAAAGAUGCAGUUAAAAAUGGAAAAAGCUUUUGUGGCAGGCUACUCAACUACAAAAAAGAUGGAAGUCCUUUCUGGAAUCUUCUCACUAUCAAUCCCAUCAAAGACGAUAAAGGAAAAACGAUCAAAUUCAUUGGAAUGCAGGUGGAGGUCAGCAAAUACACAGAAGGUGUCAAUGAAAAGGCACUGAGGCCUAAUGGACAGUCCCAAUCAUUAAUCCGUUAUGACGCUCGACAGAAGGUUAAGGCUUUAGAUGACAUCACAGAGGUUGUUCAUACUCUGAAACAUCCUCAAACUCACAUUCAAACAACAAGUAAUGAUGCCAUUAACAAGCUCGAAGAUCAGGAAAAGUUCAACCUCAAUUACCUUCUGACUAAAUCUGCCAAAACCGGAAGCAUUAGUACCCCUGGAAGAUAUACUCCCCGAUCAGACAUCAGUACUGCUACUCCAGGACAUGAAAUUGGCAAGAAAAAUAGAAAAUCAGCUCGCAUUUCGUUGAAGGGGUUUAAAAGCAGGUCUUUCAGCUUUGCAGCCAAGCAUGAAAAACAACCAGUGCUUGAACCAGAGGAGUUAAUGAUCAAAGAUAUAGAACGCGUUGACAGCUUGGAACAUGGUGAAAGAGAAACGAACAUACGCCAAGGGAUGGAUCUAGCAACCACAUUGGAACGUAUUGAAAAGAAUUUUGUGAUCACAGACCCAAGACUCCCUGAUAAUCCCAUUAUAUAUGCAUCUGAUAGCUUCUUGGAAUUGACAGAAUAUACACGUGAGGAAAUCUUGGGAAGGAACUGUAGGUUUCUUCAAGGACCAGAAACUGAUCAAGAAACUGUGUUGAAUAUAAGAGAUGCAAUUAAAGAACAGAGGGAAAUAACUGUUCAGUUGAUCAACUACACAAAAAAUGGCAAGAAAUUCUGGAAUUUGUUUCACUUGCAACCUAUGCGUGACCAAAAGGGUGAGCUUCAAUAUUUCAUUGGUGUCCAACUUGAUGGAAGUGAUCAUGUUGAACCCCUAAGAAGUCGCCUUUCUGAGACAACAGAACAACAAAGUGCUAAGUUGGUCAAAGCUACAGCAGGAAAUGUGGAUGAAGCAGUCCGAGAACUUCCUGAUGCCAAUUUGAGACCGGAGGAUUUGUGGGCAGUUCAUUCUCAGCCAGUCUUCCCACGGCCUCACAAAAGAGAUACUUCUUCUUGGCUAGCAAUUCAGAAGAUCAUUUCUCGUGGUGAAAAAAUUGGUUUGCAUCAUUUUAGACCCAUAAGACCCUUGGGUUGCGGUGACACCGGCAGUGUUCAUCUGGUGGAACUGAAAGGUACAGGAGAAUUAUUUGCUAUGAAGGCAAUGGAGAAGUCGGUCAUGUUGAAUCGUAACAAGGUACAUCGAGCAUGCGUUGAAAGGGAAAUCAUCUCACUUCUUGAUCAUCCUUUCCUUCCCUCAUUAUACUCUUCUUUCCAGAUUCCCACACAUGUUUGUUUAAUAACAGACUUUUGCCCUGGUGGAGAGUUAUUUGCCCUGCUCGAUAAGCAACCUAUGAAAAUGUUCAAAGAAGAAUCUGCAAGGUUCUAUGCAGCUGAGGUUGUCAUUGUUUUGGAAUAUCUUCAUUGUCUAGGAAUAAUAUAUCGAGACUUGAAGCCAGAAAAUAUUCUACUUCAGAAGGAUGGCCACAUCGUAUUAACCGACUUCGAUUUAUCUUUUCUGACUUCUUGUCAUUCCAAAGUUUUAAAGCACCCCAUGCCUAACAAGAGAAGAAGAUCUGGGAGUCAACCACCUCCAACGUUUGUUGCAGAGCCAUCUACAGAGUCGAAUUCAUUUGUUGGAACCGAAGAAUACAUUGCUCCAGAAAUUAUUACCGGUGCGGGACACAGUAGCACCAUUGAUUGGUGGUCUCUUGGUAUUUUGCUGUAUGAGAUGCUCUACAGCCGGACGCCUUUUCGGGGUAAAAACAGGCAGAAGACUUUCUACAACAUCUUGAACAAAGAACUCACUUUCCCAAGUAGCAUUCCGGUUAGUCUUGCAGCUAGGCAGUUGAUUAACGCAUUGUUAAACCGAGACCCCUCCGGCCGUUUAGGGUCGAGAACUGGCGCCACUGAAAUUAAACAACACCCUUUCUUCCACGGCAUUAAUUGGCCUCUUAUACGAUACACGAGCCCACCGCUAUUGGAAGUACCUCUUCAUUUAAACAAGAAAGAUACAAGAACCGAAGACGUAAAGUGGGAAGAAGUGCUUGUUAGUUCUAUUGACUUGGAUACUUUCUUCUAAAGGUAUAAACUCUUAAAAUGGGACAUUGCAGUACGACAACAAACAAGAUGCUUCCCAGUGCGACUCAAGAUGAAGCUAGCCAGGUGACAGUACACUCGCUGAUUACUAAAGAUCGACAAAUCAGUCCUUAUUAACAUAUAGACUAUUUUGGCUGGUUAGGCUGGGAGACACAAGUGGCAGGUAAAUCAAUGUCAUACCUUUAAGUCAGUUACUUGGAGGAGCCUCCUGGUGAAAAACUCCAUAGUGAAGCUGUACCAUGACUUUGACUUGAUACAGGGAAUUGUAUACUAAAUUUAAAUGCUAUAAGAUUUUGCUUAAUGAAAA